AUCUGCCUUUUAUUUGGACGUUUAAUGUGUUAAAUUACAGGAGUCUGUCACCACACCCAGACCGCAGGAUUGAGUCCAUUGGUUUUCAGUUUGUCUGCGCCAGGAAGGCAUCUCCUGCCCCCUUCACUUUAUAGUCAUUUUGACAGAUCGGAAGCGUCUCUAAUCCAGACUGGUUCCUACCUGCGCGCCCACCGAGCCUCCUGUCAGCGACCUGUCUGCUCUGAAAUGGGGAACACCAAACCUUCAGCGCUCCUCUCACUUCUCGGCGUCGUGCUGCUCUGGCCGAAUGUUCUCACCAAGAGCGUCUCAUCCAGACUGCAGACUGCAGACAGCACCUCUCUAUCUGCAGGGCACGGGGAAGAGCGCCCUCAUGUGGUGAAGAGGUCAAUACAGAACUGCGACAGCACUUUUGACAGCUACUGCCUGAACAACGGUCAGUGUAUGCUGCUGGUGGACAUCAACGAACACCACUGCAAGUGUGGGAGGGGCUUCUACGGCCCCAGGUGUAGCAACCCGGAGCUCCUUGUUAAGCCAAUGGGAGAAGAGCAGAUAAUUGUCACCAUUUUCUGUGUGACUCUGCUGAUUAUAGGUCUGGCUGGAGCUCUGUACUUCUUCUGCAAAUGGUAUAAGAAAAACAGAUUCCCUCGUCAGCAGAAGCAUCAGGGUUACACAGGAGUCCAAACAGCCUAGACACACACCCACUGCAUCCGCCGCUGGAAAAGGCAAACCUGGACUCCGAAAAGCUAAUUUCAACAUACCAUGACGUUACCUGAUGAGCUUACACUCAGUGGCUAGUUUACUGGAUGUCACACGGCUUAGGAUCACUUUAUCAAGCACUCAAAUUGGCACAAAGAGAUAAAAAAAAA